CCCAGGUGUGUGCGAAGUGCGGGCGGCGCUUACUCGGCAACGGGCAGCGCUGCCUGCAGGCGGUCGUACCAUGGGGGGGGGCGUACGUGCUCACCAAGUCCAAGUGUGCAACCACUGCGGGACGGUGUGGGGACGUGACGUCAACUCCGCAACCAACAUCCGGCACGCGCUGGUGGAGAUGCUGCUGGGGCACAAGCGACCUGCAUCGCUGCAGACUGGCGGCGGCGGCGGCGGUGGCAGCGGCGGCGGCGGCAGCGGCGGCGGCGGCAGCGGCAGCAGCGGGGGCGCGUGCGCGCAUCUUGGUAGCAGAGGGGGCGGGAAAGGCCACGUGGAGGAGGAGAGCGCAGCGCCGCCCAAGAAGCGGCGCAAGCGCGCAGGCUGAGGAGCCGGCUGGCGGUGUCUAGGUAGCGGUCCGCGGUGGGGCUGGCAGGGCAUGCGUAGCGGCAUGACAAGUAGUGCGGCUGUUGACAACUGUGCUACGUCUGGCUGCGGUUGGCUCUGCUGUGGCAUCGCGAUUGCUAGGCACCUGGUUUGGCUAUGUGCCUGUGGAAACCGACCCCGGCUAUGUCCGGGCGAUGAGGAUAGCCGGGCGAUGAGGUUGUUCGGCCUCAGACUGUGGAGGGGCUCAGCCCACACGGGUAU